GGGGCAGUAUCUCAGUAUUUCAGUAGCUGAGUGCUCCGCGAGCUGAGAGUGCAGCAGGUUCAUCUGCUGGUUUGAGUAAAUAUGAGUUUAUUUCUGCCUAAAUUAAGCAGUAAGAAGGAAGUGGACGAGGCUGUGAAGGCCGUGGCGGAGAAGGUGCUGGUGCUUCGGUUCGGGAGAGACGAGGACUCUGUCUGUAUGCAGCUGGAUGAGAUUCUUUCAAAAACCUCUCACGACCUGAAGAACAUGACCUCCAUCUAUCUUGUGGAUGUGGAUAAAGUACCAGUGUACACCCGAUACUUCGACAUCAGUUACAUUCCCUCCACGGUCUUCUUCUUCAACGGACAGCACAUGAAGGUUGAUUAUGGGUCUCCAGAUCAUACCAAGUUUAUUGGAUGUUUUAAAACCAAGCAAGACUUCAUUGAUCUUAUUGAGGUGAUCUACAGAGGAGCCAUGAGAGGAAAACUAAUCGUCCAAAGCCCCAUCGAUCCAAGAAACAUACCUAAAUAUGAUCUGCUUUACCAUGAUAUAUAAAUACUGGUGUCACUAUAACAUGGAGCAGAGCUGGGCACAAACUGACAUGCUACAAUAAUAACUUUUCUGGCAACUUUACAUUUCAUGGUACCUACUAGAGCUGCAUGGUGCAUUGACAUUGCAAUAUAUAUUUCAAAAGAGGUAAAUGAUUCAACAUUUCAUAAAAAUAUUAAUAGUGCACUAUGUGUGCAAAGUAAAUAAAUAAAUAAAUACAUUUGAAAAUAUAUGACCUUGCAUGUCAUGCGAUGUGACAUCAACACUGCAAUGAUAUUUUGUGCAGCUCUAGUACUAAAUGCAUUCAUCUACCUAUAGAUGCACCCAUUGCUAGUAUAGCCAAUGGAAUAGGUCUUUCUAGAGCAGGUGAACAUGAACCUGUUGGCAUCAUAUCUAAUGCCAUUCAUUGUCUAGUGGGCCAUUGAACUGUGUAGCAAUGGAACACCAUUUUGGAAUGAUGAAGCUCCAUCCAGUAUUAUUAGAAAGGGAUGAGUUGGGGAGUUAAAGAUGAGGUGGUAUAAAAUUGAAUUAAAUAUUAUUUUGCAAAGGCCAGGUGUUCAGUUGUGCCCUACUCCGCUCCGCUCCAUUUUCCUUCAUUGCUGUAUCGCACCAAUUAGCCAUAGCAUUAAAACCACUUUGCCCAUUAUUACGUAGAGUCCCCCCACCACAGCAGAUCUGACCUGUGUAAGUGUCCUGUGAUAUAUGGCACCAAGAUGGCAUGAGAGACACUUUAAAGCCCCUGGAAACACAAUUGCAUAUAUUUAUUUAUAUAGAUAUUUUUGUAUAUUACUAAACCUUGGGUGUUAUGCACUCUGCAAAGUUAAAAUAUGAAACAAAGCAGAAAUAUGAUAAAACCCUCCUGAAAUACAGCCUGAGGUGUGUAAUAUGUACAUCCCAGGGAGGGAUAGGGGCCAUUGUAGUAUAAUAACCAGUGUGGUUCACUUCAUGGUUUAAUGUUAUGGCUUAUCAGUGUAUUACUAAAAAACAUUGUUCUAAAAUCUUUUCUGUUUGUAAUCAUGCAACAGAAAGAUAUCAGGCAUAAAAUUGGUUUGUUUCCUAUGGAAAUUGUUAUUCUGUCUUUUUUGCUGUAAUCAGACUGCAAUGCAGUCUAAAUCUAUGCAAUUUGUUUUUUCUCUCCCAUUUGUUACAUGGUGCUUUUUAUUUUAAUAUUUUUCAAUAAAAGUCUGUGUGUAAGGAUCA